CGAUGUGACUCGGUUGCUGUCAGUGGAGCCUAGGAGAUAAUUGAAGAGCGUUGACAUUGUCGACCGUUUUGACGCGCAUAACGGUCGCACUGAAUGCGUGACUGGUACGAGUAAACAAAGUGUGUAUUCGGCGUGUAUCACCGGAUUUAUGUACGGCACGAACAUGCGCGAACGCGAGGAGUUCUCCAGGUGUUUCCCGCUGAACCAGCCGAUCCAAACCGUGCCACCGUUGCCACGAGCUCCAGGUCUGGACGCUCUGCACAGUCUCUGCAAGCAGAUUUACCCGGAUCAGGGCAAUCCAUUGACAGUCACAGCAGUUGUGAAGUAUUGGUUAGGAGGUCCUGAUCCUCUCGACUACAUCAGCAUGUACGCCAAUCCAGGAUAUCCCGAGCUUGACGUGCCUCCACACUGGCACUACUUCAGCUUAGGACUGUCCGAUCUACACGGCGACGGCCGAUUGCAUCCUAAGCCCGGUCCAGGCCGUCCCAGCGGAUUCGGAUUCGAGCUAACCUUCCGUCUCGCACGCGAGAGGGGCGAGACGACGCCGCCCACGUGGCCGGCGAACGUGAUGCAGCAAUUGGCCAAAUAUGUUUUCAAUUCCGGGAACACGCUGAUGCCGGGCGACCAUGUCUCUUGGCACGCUCCACUGGACGGCAGAAAUGGUCGUAUCACCCAAAUCUUAAUGACACAGGACCCGCAGCUACCAACGUCGGUUUCUACGCCCCACGGCGACGUCUCCUUCGUUCAAAUCGUUGGCGUCACUUCCGAGGAAUUGCAGGCGGCUCAACAUUGGAACGGUCUGGGCGUCGUAAACUUGCUGAAAGGCGCCCGGGAUUGCGGCCCGUGGUUAGUUACGAACAUGAGAAGAAUGCACUCCGCUAUGGAGGACGAUCCUUCCAUAGCAGAGAAAAUACAAUGUGGCAUCGAGAGAGACGGGUCGAACACGAGCGGCGUGUCUGCCAAAUGUUGGUGGGUGCAAAUAACGAACGACAGAAGCGCAGAAAGAUACAGAGAGAGAAGGAACGAUUCCGACGACGAUGACGAGGAAGUGGACGUGAAACCCGUCGUAAAAACGGAAAGGUUGUCGCCGUGCGAGCAGCAAGACGCCAACGCUACCGACGAAAAUAGUAUUAGAGCCCUGUCCGGACUGCAUCUAACGUUCAACCUCGAAGCUGGCUCGUUAUUGCCGCUAGCGAUAAAAGGCCGCGUGAUGCACGGCAGGCAUUUCACGUUCAAAUCCAUACUGUCCCACUCGGCUGUCACGAUUGUCGCGCCGUCGGUUACCGGUACCUUCGUGUCCAAGGAGAAGCCGUACGUCGUUCAAGGACCGUGGCUGCAAGUGCUCCUCUCGGAGGAAUUGUCCGAAAAGAUGGCCGAGGAAUUUCAAAUUUUGAACAUGCCGGACAAGAUCCUAUUGCCAAAAACGUUUUCUUGGCCGGAACAUAAUUUAGUCAUCACCAUCAUUAAUGAUUAGACGAUGCGACGAUGCAAUCUCCGUCAAGAUUAUUUUUCAUAUCGUUUCACAUAUGUUUAAGUUAAAGAUAGCGCAAUGAAAGUAUUAUCGAACCUCGUUAUGGAUCGAGUUUUCUAUUUAUAACGAUGUUUCCCCAUGACUUUUUAUAACAUAAGAUUUUAUAAUUUAUAAAUUUUAUACGCCUUUGUAUGUUUAAGAGAAUUGACUCGAUCAUCAAUAUGCGAAAGUAGAUACGACUUGCAAAAUACAGCGAUAUAUUUUUCUAUACACGAAUAUUUAACGUCUCUCUUUUACAAAUUGAUGCCUACUCACAUAUACAUUUACACAAAAGAAUUUUCAACAACACUUGUUAAGCUGUUCGACUUGGAGAGCUCAAUAACAUUGUUAUCUCAGCGCUAAAAAACGUAAGGCAAUAAAAGUGUUGCGAAUUUUUUGGCGAAGUGUAUUUUGCAAUGCACAUUGCAUUGUGCUUAUUUAAUUAUGUAUAUAAUAGGACAUAAAUUAAUACUAUUUUAUAGCGAAGCUGUAUAUGCCGUACGUGUUACGCGUUGUUGCAGACAAUAAACGUUUAUGUAAAUAUCGUAUAAAAAUGUAUCCUGCAAAACAAGCUUCACGCAUUUAUCUUAA